AUGGUAAAAUACGAGUUCCUCAUUCAGGAGCAGAGAGAACAUUUCCUCGAACAUGGAUGGCUGUUGGUCCCCAACUCAAUCCCAAAGGAAAACAUCGAUUGGUGGAUGAAAGAUGUCUGGACACGACUCGGCUACGACCCACAAGACCCGUCUACCUGGGAAGAAGAAACGAUCUGGAUGCCCCGGCACCGGGAUAUGCUCACGAAGGACUUUUCGCCCAACGCGUGGAAGGCGAUGUGUGAGCUUGUCGGGGGAGAGGAGAGGAUCGAUACUGUUCGGAACGCGUACUCUGGCGAUCAGUUUAUCGUCAACCUCGGGACGGAGUAUUGGAGGGAUCACGAUGCCGACCCCCGUGUUCAACCUAACUGGCACAUCGACGGCGACUGGUACCGCCAUUUCCUCGACUCGGGCGAAGGAGCACUCGUCGUCAUCCAAGUGUACACCGAUAUCCUCCCACGCGGCGGGGGGACGUACAUCUGCGAAGACGGGCUUCCGGGGAUCUGUAAGUUCCUGUAUGAGAGACCGGAGGGGAGCGGGAACAAGCCCGACACGGGGAUGUAUGCUCAUGUGAAGGAUUGCGAGAAGUUCUUGCAGGUGACGGCCAAAGCGGGUGAUACGCUCCUUAUGCACGCACACCUCCCCCAUUGUACGGGAAAGAACCACCUUCGCACACUCCGGGUGAUCGCCAACCCCCACGUGACCCUCAAAGAGCCGUUCAACCUCGCCCGCCCCAAUCCGGAGGACAACUCCUUAUGCGAGCAAGUGAUCCUCCGCGCCCUCCAGCGCAACUCUAUCCCGGAAUACAAGCCCACCACCGAACGCCUACACACCUACCCUCGGAACUACGUCGCCAAGUUCUCCCGCGUCCAGGGGGAGCUGGAACGGAUGGUGCGCGCCGCAGAGUCCGCAGGAGGGAAGAGGGAAGACGUUGAUAGUAUCUACCUGAAAGGGGAGGAGGAGAUCAAGCUGCAUAAUCUGAGGAACGGGCUAGGCGCAGAGGUCGUCGAUAGCCAGAGGGUGGUCGUCGUUUAA